AAUAAUCAAAGUGUUUUUCAAAAACCAUAAGGUAAAAUAUAUAUUAUGUUUGUAUGUGAUCUAUGACACAUUUGUAUGACUAGUAAUUGAUUGCCUGAAAACGAAUGAUCAUAAAAUAUAUAAACAACCCUUAAGCACUAUGUACAUGUGAAUUUAUCCCUACACAAUAAUAAACCCAGAGAUUAUAUAUUCCAUUACUUUGAUCCGUUCGAAAGAGUGUCUAUAAUAGAAAAGAAGCAAAAUUACAUGUUGCUUUCCAUGUGCUGAUUUCUUGAAUUUGGAGAGUUAAAAUAACAAAAGGGAGAAUUUGUUCUUUAUGUCCCAUAUUCCAUACACUUUUGGCUUUAUAAAAGAAGGUUUAAUGAAACCUUUUUGUCCAUCAUUCGCAAUUUGAAGCGUACUCAAACAAACAAGUUUCUUCAUCGAUAUCCAACCUUUGAACCAUGACUAGAGGUGGAUUUGCAACGACCAUAAAGACUUUACUCCUUAGGAGGAGUAAGAGCAUUACUCCAAAAGGAGUCGUGGUACGUUUCAUGAACAAGGUGGCUAGAUGGGAUGAAUGUUAUGUUGAUGAACAUGAAGUACAAUCAUUCCAACAUAAUAUACAACUACAAGAUAACAAAUAUAAGGAACAUGACGAAGGCUGUUGGAUCCCACAUCCUCGUACAGGAAUACAUUAUCCCAAAGGUCACGAGUGGGUGAUGAAAGAUGUUCCUGAUGGUGCUGCUAGAUUCGAUUACAAUUAUUGGUUAAGGAAUGGUGACCAUGAUAGAUAAGGAGUUUGAUUCCUAUGAUAACAUAUUUCAUUAUAUUUGUAUUAUUAAUUUGCAAGGAUAUAAUAAUAACAUGUGUGUGUCGACAUUACUCAUGUGAUGUAAGUUCUUUAUAACAACUUAUUCUACCAUU